AUAUGAUGGAUGUUGAGUUUUUGCGGUGUAUGUUUCGGUGGGGAUGCGAAAAGAACACGUGUUUUUGAAAAGCACGUCCUGCGUUUUCAGCGUAACUGUCUUGCUCGCCUAUGUGUACAUCCUCCUGGACUUUACUUUGUUGACAGUACCUGUGUCGGCAGAGACUUCAGAGUCCACCAAGUAUCUGAAAGAUGACAUCUUCUUCGAAAUAGUCGAGCCAGAGAGUCUUCGAUAUACGUUCCGACUGAGGCCAGCCCACGAGUUCGGAUCGUCGUUCGUAUCGCAGCUGUCCAAUGUAGGCCUUGUAAUAUCAGAGCCAUCCCAGGGAUGCAGUAGUGCCAUCAACAAACUCGAGCUGAGGCACAAUGUAGUGCUCAUUGCAAGAGGCGGAUGCUCGUUCCUAAGCAAGUGCAUCCAUGCCUUAAGGGAAGGUGCACUGGCUGUCAUCAUUAUGGACGACAACGCCAACAAUGACGACCAGUACAUUGACAUGAUGGACGACAGCACCCACAGAAACUGCAGUAUCCCUGCCACCUUCCUGCUUGGAAGGGAUGGGUACAUGAUACGAAGAGGCCUUCAAACCCACGGUUUACAAAGAGCGAUAAUUAACAUUCCUAUCAAUGUCAGCCAGAUUCCAGUUCAAAAGCUGAAGAGGCCACCCUGGGUGGUCUGGUGACAUAGUAUGCGAGUACUGUGAACAAUUUGAUACCUUUGCGGGUGUUAGUGACUUUUCCUAUAGCUAACUCCUUCUUUUUGGUCUGAGGAAGGGAGAGCUUCUUUCAGCAUAUUAUUUCUCCGUACACCAUUUUAGGUGUUUGCUUUUACUGAAAGGGUGAUAGAUUACACCUGAUGUGGUGUUAGCUGUAUAGGACCAGCCAUUUACACCUCUAAAGGUUUAGAAUACCUUAGCAGGACAUCCUAUGCUCUGUUUCACCUUAUAAUGCACUACAACAGAUGCUACGAGUCGCCUAAUUCCUUCUGUAGCUCAGAGCGGGUCAUGUGACCUUCCGGUUGGGCAGAGCGAAGCUCGGAGCAUGAAGCCACGUGGCAUGUGUGGAGCUCUGGACUGGCUACCUUGGCUCAUGGUGUUUGUUGCAAACAUUGGUGAAGCGGAGUAUAGCAAGCCUUCAUGCUAAUGCGCUGAACCUGCACAGAUCACUUCAAUAGUUGGCUCUCUACUUUGUGUUAAGUUUUGCUGUGAGCUUGGAAUGAUUUGCUAGAGGAGGGAAAGGACCUCAUGAAAGUGGAUGUUGAUAUGAAUGCUUAAAAUAAACCAAAUGGGGCAUGUUGUAAGUUUCA